UUGUAAACAAGAUAACAAAUGGAACCUUUGGCAAGCAACGUUAUCCCAAUUCCUCAUAAUAUUAUUCUCCUAAGUAAUAUCAUUCCUUACUAUGGCUACGCUAACGAGUGAGCUGAGCUGUUCCUGCAGCUAGAUUCCACUAGUAGGAAAACUUGGAAGGAUAACCUGAAGCCCAUUCUUGAAGUGAUCAUGGACGAUGAGCAGAGGAUAUUAGUUAGAGACAUUAAGAAGCCAUUUACUAAGAGUUUAGCUGACAAGUUGCAGGCUACUAAUAAUCAUUUAUACUUCAGACUGUGCCUUAGACUUUCCUAUUCAGCUUCUUUCAAAGCCAUGGCUAACUUCAUCUCUCAGAUGAAAGUCAAGCCUCAAUUUCAGUUCAAGAAAAUAGAAAUGAGUUUGAAUCUGAAUACUCUUAAGGCAUGAAACCACUUUUGAAAAACCUAUAUUGAAAUGGGGUUUAACACCGAAGCUCUCGUGUUCAGUAAAGACAGUGAUCAGACAGAAAGAAAAAACGAAAAUACUUUAUUUACCUCUUAAAUGAGUCUAUAUUCAACUGUAACAAAUUUCCCGAUAGAACUUGGAAUAUCACAACAUAAUCUACAUUCCUGACUUCAAAACUGAUGAAGGUCUCAAGCACGCUUAUGAAGACAGACAAGUUGAAGUAGAACAGUUAGGGUCAUUGAGAUAUGUGUAUCAGGCAGCUGAGAGGAAUUUUAGAGUUUUGACUGUGUGUGCCAGGAAGGUUAUGGAAGUGCAGAGGGAUUUGGAAGGGAAGGAAGGAAUAAGGGGUGGCGAAACAAGGUUUACGAAGGAAGGUCUUCAAACUUUGAAAAUAUUUGAUAGUUUCAUGACAAUUGGAAGGAUUAACUUGCCUGGGAAUGGAAUAGAGAAAUAGCCAUAAAUUUUUUCAAGGUUUAGAAAAGUUGAUUCAACUAAUGCCCACAGUCCAGAAUUUAGUGUUCGAACAACAGAUGUAUUUUUAUGAGUUUGUGGCUUCAGCACUUCCUAAUAUAAAUAUACGUUUCAAGAAUUUGAGCAAGAUAAAUACCUUUGAGUUUAAAACCCAGAUUGAGCAAAACAAUAUUGUUCUGGAUAUAUUUUCUCCAAAGGCUGAUCUCAUUUAUGAAGACCUUAAUACUAAUUUAUUAAUAAAAUUUCAGCUCUCUGAUUUGAGAGUCAAACUAGACCAUAUACAAUUUAAAGAUUCUGUAAGAGAACAUCAACAAUACGAUGGAGAUGAUGAAGAAUGACUCUUAGCAAACACAAAAUAUGUUAUUUUAGAGUUAAGCAGCCAGAAUUUUUUUAGUUAUAUUAGUUUCAAAAACUUCAGAAAGAUAGAUAAAUCUGAAACAGAAUCAGGAGUAGAUCAAGUAAUUCCAAUAAACAUAAAAAUUCAAAUACCAAUGACAAGUUUCCUCGACCAGGGCUAUCAAAAUUCUAAUCCCAAUUGCUGCUUAAUUCCUAAACUUUCUGAUGACAUUAAGAAAGUGUAUUCUUGUCAAAGAGGAGGCAAGUACUAUAGCCUAACAGCAGGACAGAAUAUUGACUCUAAUAUAACUUCUGUGAAGACAUCUCUAGUCGGUCCUAGACCUCACUACACAUUUCGAAUCUGCAUUGAGCCUCCUACUGAUAAAUCUCAGUCUCGGAAUGAUCUUCGUAGAGUCGAUUAUUCUCAUUGUACUCUAAAUCCUAAAAUUAUAUCUUGCCGAUAUGAAUUACUCGUCAAUGCUCCAAUUAUAAAUGCUCUUGAGACUUUACAGCAGAAUAGUCUGCUUUCUAUUCAUAUCCAAACUUACUUUGUAAGAGAGCUUCCCAUGGAUCGCCAUGCCAAGUUUGGACUCUCAAGGGUCUUUGCAAAUCGAUAUAAAUCUGAUUUCAAGAAGGAGCAUAAAAGAGAUGAUGGAGACAAACAGCUCUGUCAACUCAUUGAAAUACUGAAACAGAAGCAUCUCCAAGAGUUCAAAUCAGAUAGAAUAAUUGAAGAUGACGAGGUCGUUAAGAAAAUUUGAGAAUUAUGUGAACAGAAUCUGAGUAUUAGAGACCUUGAGCUUAACCUAGUGUAUUUGAAGCAUGUCAGAGAUAUUCUGUACUCUCUUAGAAAUAAUUAUGUAAUAAAAACGAUUAGAAUCAUUACAGAAAGGAGAAUAAUAAAUCAAGAACCUUUAAAAGAUCAUGAAGAGACAAAGCACCAAGAUCCUGAACAAGAACUAUUAGAAGAAAAAAAAUUUUCUAAUGAUCGCCUGAGACCCUGACCACAAUGUCUUAGAGAUUUUACUAGAAAUAAAUAUAGGAUGGGUUCAACUCACUAGAGAAAUAUUCUUGAUUAGGAACUUCCAUCUAGGAAUUUAGAUUAUGGCAGGCUUGAAAGUGACAAAUGAAAAGGCACUAUGAAACACACUUAGUAGAAGGUCGGAUAAGAUCAUGAAGAGAAAAAGUGCUUAUCUUAAUAUUAUUCAUAGCUAUAAUCUGCUGAGAAGAUAAAAUAUAGCCUAAUAGAGUUAUUCAAAGUAGUCCCAACGAAUGUAAUAAUGACUCAACCUGCCCUAAACUUCUAUCUCGAACCCCUCCACCCCUACCUCUUAGCCUACCCUCCUCUAAGCACCAAAACUCCAUCCUUCCCUUCCUCCACAUCCCACCCAUCCCCACUACACACAAAAACUCCUCACCUACAUCAC